AAGGAGCCGAAGAGCCGCUUCCUGAAAACCUCGAAGGCGCCGACACUGCGCAGUUUCCUCGCGCAGCCGUCGCUUGGGCCCAGCAGUCUGGAAGUGUGGAAGUAUAUAUCUCCGUCAAUUUGUGCUAAGUGGACACGCAUAUUGUAAAAGAAGACAAAAUAUCGCAGAAGAUGCAGAAAUUCAUGAAAUGCAGGUUGGUGGGCGUGCUGGUGAUUCUAGCGGCAUCGCGGGCGGCUUUCGGCCUUAGCAUGGAGAGGAAUGCGCGCCCGCACGCCCGCGCCGCCCGUCAGCUGCACCGCAUGCUAGACCCGUUCGGGCUGCUCGGGCGCGCCGGUGAGGCCGUGCAGGGCGCCGUGGAGGGUGUGCACAACGCCGUGCACGACCUCGGCAAGACGCUAAACGACGGCGCGGAGCAGGUGGGCAAGAUGGUGGAGCAGGGCGCCGCCUCCUUCGACAGCGCCUUCAAGGAGCGCCUGGGCCAGGUGCACGCCGGCAUGGAGGAGGCGGGGAAGGUCGCCGGCAUCGUGAGCGAGGACUUGGCCGACUCCGUGUCCGCGCUCGUGUCCAACCACCUCUCUACCGACGGCGCCGACGAGGACCUCAUGAUGAAGCGCGAGGGCAUCGUGGACGGCUUCCUGCGCAUGGUGGGCAUCGAGCCCUCGCGAGUCGGCCUCAUGGCACUCAACGUGCUCAUCUUCCUGGCGGAGAUGAUCACGUCAACCCUCAUCGGCGAGGACCUGAACGCCAUCCCGGACACGCGGAGCAACGACGGCGCCUCGCCCCUCGAGUGGCUCCUCUCCGGAAACCCCUUCCAGGUGGACGAGGUGCUCAGGGAGGCUCAGGACCCAGGUCUUCCCAGGACCGUUAUCGAGAAGCUGCAGCGGGCCACCGGGGAGAAGACGGCGUGCGUGCAGCUGCUCGUGUGCAAGAUGUCGCCGGUGGUCUGGGGGAUCCAGAGGUCGGUCAAGGAGGCCGCUCAGCCGCGCCACCUCGACCCCGACGCCCCGGAGAAGGGCGUCGUCCAGAUGCUGUACGACUCCCUCCCUGAGCUCGACGACUUCGUGAACUUCUCCGAGUCAUGCGAGCAGCAGUUCCCGUCUUGCCCGCUGCUCAGCCUCUCCGACCUCGGGCUCUAGAGGGAAAGCGGGAGAGGGGGGGGAGGGAAGGAAAGAAGGAGGGUUGGAGGGAGAUAGAGUGAGAGGAAGAGAGAGAGAGAGAGAGAGAGAGAGAGAGAGAGAGAGAGAGAGAGAGAGAGAGAGAGAGAGAGAGAGAGAGAGAGAGAGAGAGAGAGAGAUGGAAUUUUGAGAACAAAAAAGGAAAAAAAAAAUCCGACCAGACCCUCCCUGCAAAACAUUGCAACUUGCAUCGUACCUUGAGAUAUAGAUAUAGUAAUUCAUGUCAGCGACCAUACAAUACGAUACAAGAAAGGGCAUUAGUAGCGAUAUUAAGCACCAAUAGCAUUCUUCUGUGAUAAAAUAUUUUGUACAUUGUUAGGAAGAUAAUCAUAAUAGCCAUGUUCACACAAUAAAAGACAAGAACAA